AUGGACCAAAAGACCACAGUCACCCUCCUUGAGCUUGCUGCAAAGAGUGUGCUGAAUAAUGAGCCUGUAGCUAUCCAUGCCCUGGGCGAAAUCCCAAGAGACCUCUUUGUUCCAUUGUUCAACGCUGCCUUCUUGGGUGGGCAUAAGACGAUACUAAAGGCAAUGGUGAGGGUUUGGCCUUUUUGCUGUCUCCACAUUGGGUCAUUGAACACACGGGAGUCAUACUAUGACAUCUUGGAAGCCAUGACUGAUGGUCUGCAGAUCCACCCUGCCCAGAACUCAACCUCUUGUAAAAUUCAGCAGAACUUUGGGUCCUUGCAUGUCUGCUGCAGAGAUUUGCAAAUCAAUAGAAUGUCUGGCCACAGAAGUAUCCUGCAGUUUCUUGAUCUGGGGUGCAUUGAUCACCUGGAAAUGGAUCAGGCUGAUCUGAGUGAAGUCCUCACCCUUUUGGCUCGGGUGAUCCACCUGAACAGCCUUACUCUGUGUAACAUCCCCUUUAACUCUUAUAAGAGAAGGAAUUUCAUAUCUAUUCCCCUCUGCCUUGGGCAGCUGGACAACCUCCAGGAGCUCAGCUUGCCUUUCGUCUGCCUCACAAAUCAACUGCACAAACUGCUCAGAGUUGUGCCACGUCAGUUGGAUACACUGUAUCUACCUUACUGUAGCCUUUCUAACAGAGACAUCACUGUCCUGUCCGAGAGCUCUCAGGCCACCUACCUAAAGGAACUGAGUCUCAGUAACAACAAGAUCUUCUCAGAAGUUUAUGAGCCCUUCCAGGCUCUGCUGGAGAAGGUCUCAAGCAUCUUGCAACAUCUGGAGAUAAACAAUUGUAUGAUUGAUUCUACUCUGUCUGCCAUCCUCCCAGCCCUGAGCCACUGUACCCACAUCCGUGUCCUUAGCUUUGCCUUCAAUCCCAUUAUGAUGCCCGUGUUCAAGAGCCUUCUGCAGCACCUGACAUCCUUGAUGAAGCUGAAGUAUGUGAUUUAUCCUGCCCCUCUCCAUUGCUACGAGGAAGGGAAUUUUCAUGACAGUUUGGACCGACAGAAACUUGCUGAAGUUCAGGCUCAGUUGGAGGCGAUGCUGCACGGGGCACAGCGGGACGACAUGAAUUGGGCCACUUGUUCAUAG